CAGUGACUUUUAUUUGGUUUCUCCCCAAAGCCAAGAUGAUCAGGCGAAGAGGGGAAUUUCAGGACAAGAAUGAAAUCUGGUUUCUCCAUUUCCUUCCCCCACCUCCCUUCCCCCUUCAAAGAGCUUUGGUGUAAUGGAGAAAGAACAUGCAAAUACCAAUUCAUCAACAUGAGCUCAGACAGUAUCCAAAUGCGUGCCCAACAUUUAUGGGGUAGAAGCAGGUUCGGGUUUGGGGAAGAUUAAUGGAAGUACCAGGGAGGUUUUUUCAAUUACUUAUUUACCUGGGGCUGCGUAUCUGACUGGGCCCCAACUACUGGAUUGUGAAUGAUGUUAUUCUCACUUCAACUCAUCUGGCCUGCAGACUUGGCAAUGUAACCCUGGAACAGAGAGGGGAAAGAAGCCCCGGGGGGUGGGGACAUUCUUUGCCCAGAACCCUCAAAGUAGUGAAAUAGACACUUCUAAGCGUGGUGUAUAUCCAAUAGUUUGGGAAGUGGAAAAAAAAAUUCCUAUAGACCUGCUGGAUGUUUUCCAGUUACCCUCUACUUCUUUGCUGAUGCUUUACUGUUGAGCAGUAGCUGGAAAAAGGCAAAAGCAAAUCUUAAUUGGCAAAGGAUAAAGUAGCAGAAAUGAUGAAACUGGCAGGAAGCUGCUUUUUAAAUCUCUGCAGUCCCAGAGAACAAAAGGAGUCUGCACAAAGGGCAGGGAGUCCCAUUGUAGACUGCACAGGCAGCGCUUCCCAAAAAUUGUGUUGUUUUUCAGAACGAGGCAGACUUUCUUGUCAUCUUGCCAGAAUAUCCACAGCUGCGCACACAGUCCUGGAAAGAGGCCUUUCCACUGGGUUACUUUCAGAAGAGACCAAAGGGCUGAGCCAGGUCCGGCAGCAGGAUGAGAAGUGGUCCAAUGCUGCUCAAAUCCUCUGGGCCCAUGACUGGCUAUGGGCCAGAUUGAAGAGGUGGCCAUCUGCAGUGUCAGUACUCCCAUCUGACUACACUCGGGAGUGGUGUGGGGGCCGACCAGCAGACAGACCGGCAAGUGAUCCACAGCACUGGUGUGCAGGAAGCGGCACUCCCCUGGUACAAGCAACUUGACCCGACAGGCGCCAUGAGUAAAAUCAGCGAAAUCGUGCAGCACGCCCGUGCGGCUUUCAAAUCCGGGAAGAGCCGCCCUCUGAAAUUCCGACUCCGGCAGCUCGAAAACCUGAAGAAGAUGAUCAAAGAGAGAGAAAAGGAGAUCUUCGCGGCCCUCAUGGGAGAUCUCAACAAGAAUGAAUGGAACGGGUACUACGGAGAGGUGAUCUACUCCCUGGAGGAGAUUGACUACGCACUCCAGAAGCUUCCCGAGUGGAUGGCUGAUGAGCCGGUGGAGAAGACCCCCCUGUCUGCGGACGACGAGACCUACAUCCACUCCGAGCCACUGGGCGUGGUCUUGAUCAUCGGCGCUUGGAACUACCCCUUCAACCUGACCAUCCAGCCGAUGGUCGGAGCCAUCGCCGCAGGAAAUGCUGUGAUCAUCAAGCCAUCGGAGCUGAGCGAACACACGGCCAUCUUAUUGGCGGAGCUCCUUCCCCAGUACCUGGAUCAGGAUCUAUACCACGUCAUCAACGGUGGGGUCCCGGAGACCACGGAACUGCUGAAGGAGCGGUUUGACUACAUCUUCUACACGGGGAACACCGCAGUUGGGAAGAUUGUCAUGGCGGCCGCGGCCAAGCACCUGACCCCCGUCACGCUGGAGCUAGGGGGGAAAAACCCUUGCUAUGUUGAUAAGGACUGCGACCUGGACAUUGCUUGCAGGCGCAUAACAUGGGGAAAGUUCCUUAACAGCGGACAGACGUGUGUGGCACCAGACUACAUCCUCUGUGAACCGUCCCUCCAGGACCAAAUAGUGGAGAAGAUCAAAAAAACCCUCAAGGAAUUCUACGGCGACGAUGCCAAGAAAUCGCGUGACUACGGAAGAAUCAUCAACGCACACCAUUUCCAGAGGGUCAUGGGGCUGAUCGAGGAGCAGAAGGUCGCAGUGGGCGGGACCGGCGACCAGGCGGCUCGCUACAUAGCCCCAACCAUCCUCACGGAUGUUGACCCCGAGUCCAAGGUGAUGCAGGAAGAGAUCUUCGGACCCGCCCUUCCCAUCGUUUGUGUGAAAAGCUUGGAAGAGGCGAUCGAGUUUGUCAACCAGCGGGAGAAGCCUCUGGCCCUCUAUGUGUUCUCCCGCAACGAUAAGGUGAUUAAGAAGAUGAUUGCAGAGACCUCCAGUGGAGGAGUGGCUGGAAAUGAUGUAAUUGUACACCUCACGGUCCACUCUCUGCCCUUUGGUGGAGUUGGGCACAGCGGCAUGGGCUCCUACCACGGCAAGAAGAGUUUUGAGACCUUUUCUCACCGCCGCUCCUGCCUGAUCAGGUCCCUAAAGAGCGACGAUGAGUUGAGAGUCAGAUACCCACCGAGCCCCCUCAAGGUGGCUCACAAAUGAAGACCAGGCCUCCCCCACUAUAUCUGCCUAGUCAACUGUCUUUGAGGAAAGUUCUUCCUUUUCAUGAAAAUAUGAAACUCACCACCCAGUCCGGUUGACCCCUUUCCAUGAGAGCAGAAAUCCUUGUCUCACCAGCAGAAGAGCAGCCUUCCCCUAACUUUUCAGGCUUAAUGGCCCCAAGAGUGGCAGAUGCCUUUGUGGGCAUUAAUGGGUAUUCAUUCACUAUUCAUUCAAUAGUAUUUAUCGAGCGCUUAUUAUGUGCAGAGCACUGUACUAAGCUCUUGGAAUGCACAAUAUGGCAACAGAUAGAGACAAUCCCUGCCCAAUGACUGGCUCACAGUCUAAACAUUCACAAAGCAGGAUCCUCAGAUUCCUUUCAGGAGAGGCCCCAGCUCACCUGAUCUAGGAAAUCCCUUUCAGAACCUCCCCGUGUCCUACCCGUCUCCAUUUUGCUAGCUGCCAACUUUUUAAGGUCCAGUCUUAAGGGCUGUUGGAGCUGUCUAGCACCUGCUAGAUUUUUAUUUAAGGAAUGCUUGUUGAAGGCAUAGCUACUAGCAGGUCUUCCUGCUGUGGAGCUAUCUCAUUGCAGGUUACCGUAACCCACGGAAGCUGAGUAGUUCCUAGGUUUUUGAAGUGUUUGGGGGUAAGAGUUAGGAUUUUAUUCUCCCCUAAAUUUCCCAUCUAGGGAGUGAUAUGAAAUGAUUCUCCAUUCUGAGCUGUUUCAAGUGUCUAAGAUGUGAAUUGUUUCCACCUUUCACCCCAUAAAUAAGUAGGGAAAAAAGAGAAAUGAAUUGGCUUAAGAGAGAUGUAGCCAAUAGUUUAGUAUCUCUAGCUGGCAGCCCGAGGAAUAAAACAAGAAGCCUGUUUUUUCGGCCAUUAAAAUUGAUACAACUUUAUGUAUGAACAAGCCAUUCCAAUAGGUUGACAUGGAAACAAGGUUAUCAGAGUUAAAGUUGGAAUGUGCUCUUUGAUCCUAGAGAAUAGUGAAGCUUUUGGCAACAUGGUAAUUCUAUUUUCUUACUAGCAUCUAUUUUUAAUGUGCUUACUACCUUAGGUAGAGCCUGGUGAAUAAGUGCUCUGUUUUGAAAUGUGCUAAGCAAAUUUUAUUAAAGUUCAUAGUUUAAAAUGGUCA